AAACCGCUGUGUGCCGCCUCUUUGGUUCCCACCCAAACAAACAAAGCUCAGAUGGAGAUUUUCUCCCCCUCACAAACAGCUCUGUCUCCGGUCAGCUGAGUCCCGACACUCCGCUGGACUUGUUCGGAUAAUACCCAGAGACGAUGUCAGCCGGUUACCGUCUCUGUCUUUAACGUCAUCUACCGGACCGAUCUGUAUUUUGAGUCAUUGCGCAACAGUGGCGGUAACGUUAACCCACCUAACGUUAGCUAGCUGCCGCUCUCAGUAUCCAGGCAGCAGCUGGAGAGAUGACAGUCGGUCUGUCGGUUACCGUCAGGACUCUAAAACAGGUUUGACCGGCCCGGUACGGCUCCUGCUCGGAGGAGGACAGACGGUGAAGAUCUGUUGAGUCAAGCUAGCUAACGUUACCAGCACACAGCACACUUGUACAUCAACCCCCAGCCUCCUCCUCUUCCUCCUAUUUGCUGUGCUGCGGUCUCGUCCCGGGCUUCUCCACACCCUGUUACCAUGAGUGCAAUGCGUGUGGAUGCUAAAGUGGUGAUGCUGGGAAAGGAGAGUGUGGGGAAGACCAGCCUGGUGGAGAGAUACGUCCACCAUCGCUUCUUGGUCGGCCCGUACCAGAACACUAUCGGUGCUGCUUUUGUUGCCAAACCAAUCCAGGUGGGAGAGAAGGUGAUUACUCUGGGAAUAUGGGACACAGCUGGAUCAGAGCGCUAUGAAGCCAUGAGCAGAAUCUACUACAGAGGAGCACGUGCUGCCAUCGUCUGCUACGAUCUGACCGACAGCAGCAGCUUCCAGCGAGCUCGGUUCUGGGUGAAGGAGCUGCAGAACUGCGAAGAACACUGUAAGAUCUACCUGUGUGGAACGAAGAGCGACCUGAUUGAAGGAGAUCGGAGCCUGCGCCAGAUCGACUACCACGAUGCUCAGGACUUUGCUGACGAGAUUCGUGCGCAGCAUUUCGAGACCUCCAGUAAAACAGGAAACAACGUGGAUGAGUUGUUCCAGAAAGUUGCAGAGGAUUACAACAGCACUGCCUUCCAGUAUAUGACAGCAGAGGAAACCGGCGUGGACCUGGGCCAGAAGAAGGACUCAUAUUUCUACUCCUGUUGCCAUAACAACUGACGCCAAGCAACAGGAAGAGAAACAGAAGUGGUCACCUUCCCCUCGGCUGAAGUAAAAACCUGGAUAUGCUGGAUGGGCGGUCACAUAACUCAGCUCUGGUCCUGGGAUCUGCUGUUACACCUUGUUAGAUAUGUUUAUUUCUUUUGUGCCAUAAAGAACUAACGGCUGCAAGACUUUAUGGAAGAGGAUCUACUCCUGCUGCAACUGUUACUGGGUGGAGUGGGAUUUAAAAACAACAGCGCUCCUGCUCUCCACCCUGUUAGGUCCCCUCUGUAGCUUCCUCUGGGCUGGACCGUGGAAGUGAACAUACCCUUAAAUCUGCGCUGUUAAACAAUCAGAAGUGAAAAAGAGGGAUCCCGCUGGACUCAGACCGGCUUAGAGAACGUGACUGUUGUAGCAGCGCUUUAGGAGGGUGGAUGGUUUGUUUACAGCAGUUCAUUUUUGUUUACCUCCAACCCUAUUUAACCUUGUCAUGGAAAUUGUCUGUUAGUCUUGCACAUCUUCGAUGAAGCCCACAAGAAUGAAGUGAAGCCAACUAGGAUAUAAAGUGUCAAAAAACACACUCCUAUGUUCCCAGUCUUAAUUCAAAUUAAUUCUUAUACCUUUGUAAAUGAAAUGAUACCAAUGAUCUUUGUAAAGGCCUUAUUACCCACAGUAGUAAUGUCAGGACUGUGUGAGUGUCCAACUCUCCAGAGCACUGGCUCUUCAGUGUUUACUACGACAUUAUGGAUGUAUUAAAGGUACAAUAUGCAGGAUUUUCCUAAAAAAGCAAACCCAAAAAACUAAAUAUAGACUCAUACAAACGUAAUCCCUCUCAGUCAUCAGCGGCCUAUUUAUUUGGAGACAACCUGGCUGUAUUUUCUUGUUUCCUACAUUCCCGUACAUCCUACAUUAACAUUCAUGUUGGAGUUCAACUUUGGUGAACUUUGACUGGCCAAUAGCAAAGAAGUAUGUGUGGAGGAGACAUUGAGUAUGUUUACAUACACACUAAUAUUCCAAAUUUGACAAUAUUCUGAAUUUGAUACAGCUAAUGUUAACAGCACAUUAUGUUUAAAUAUAUACGUAAUUAGGCAUUUUUCCAAAUUUAGCAUAUUCCGCUCAGGGGAAACUUUGGUAUUUUUCAACCUGUCUCAUGUUUUUGUGUCUAAGUGACUGAUGGCAAGAGUUUACAAACAGUAAACAACAAAUCCUGCAUAGCAUACCUUGAAGAGAGCUGGAUACGGCGCCACUGGUGGACACUCAUGGUACUGCAACAAGAAAAAAAAAAUCCCCAGUGACCCAAAAGGCAUUUUUCCUAAAAAAUACCAUUAUAAAGGAGAUGUCUAAAAAAAACUAUUGAAUCUUUGUAUUAUGAAUUUUUAAUCCAGGAAGGUUUUAUAUUUGUAAAACUUGUGAAGCCUGUGGGAUGAGCGGGAACGUGUUGAUGGGACCAGCAGGUAAAGCUGAACCCUUCUUAAUAAGCAUCUUUUGUUCAAAUGAACGGCGGCCAUCUUUGGAGUCCUGUAUCCAGUUCCUGUAAUACAUCCAUAGUGACACCACGAGCAACAUGUCUCUGGUCCGUUAAUCUUGUGCAGCAUUAAGCUAUGACUCCGAUUUUAAGGUGGUGGUUACUAAAAUGCCAAGUAAUUAAAUUGCACCGUGUGAGCUGGCUGAAAGAAAAUUUUCGGGACAGUUACUUUUCUACAUUUAAACUCUAAAUGUUCUAUUUUGUAAUUUAAAAUUCAUAGUGCACACAUGGAAAUUUGACUGUUAAAUUUUCUUUCAGUCUCCUGUGGCGGUGAAAUAUUCCUCCGAAGCUCUGAAAGGUUUUAAGACACACUGCUGCAGAAAGUUGUUUAAAGUUCUCCUCGGCUGUGGUGAGAAGAUUUCACCAACACAGCAAAAACAAGAAGCAUUGUGGGUGAAUGUUGUAACAUGGUUCAAAGUGUCAUCUCAGUGUCCUCAGAACAAUAUUUACAGCUGUAUUUAACUUAAAGACUCUAAUUUAUUGCCUUUUGAGUUGUGCUGCCAGAAGACGCGGGGGAAAUAAAUGGACACAGCGUCAGUUUCCUCCAUGUUGCUGCUUUGACGUGUUGAUGUUUCACGUGUUGAUAUUUUGAUGCACAAUAUUUUAUACUGAGGGCUGUUUCAGACGGACCAGUGUAAAGUACAGUUAUGUUCUGUCAAAUUAAAAGCUGAAUGUUUCAAAGCUCUGUUAGAUUUUACAGUGAUUGAUCCUCCAUUUUGUUUUUCCUUUGGAUUUAAUAUCUGAGCUUCUUAUGCAUUUGAGUUAAAAAUAAUGGAAACUUACUGGAUGUAAAAUGUAAUGUAAAUAUCGCAGAUCUUAAAUGCAUCACAGCCCACAGAACUGAACUUUGUGCUCAGUUUGGUGUUUGCAGCAGCUUCUUCUUAUUUCACUCACAGAUAUUCUGCUGGGUUCGAACGUCUCACCUCCGUAGUAUAAUCUUGUGCCAUCUGAGAAGGGAAAAAAUAAUUAAAUAAGAGCUUGUGCUUUGAAAAUGAAGGUUGAAAACAGCAAAACUGUCACUUAGACUAAACACCACACAAGGAAAAAAAAUCACCUGUGUUUACAGUUAAACCCUCCAUACUGUGGUUUAAAGGGUUAAACCUGUCACUUGUGCUUUAUACUGCAAACUAUUUUAAGAAUAACACCUGUUAGUUUUCAGCUUCCUUACAGGUUGAGAGCAUUUCCAAAGCUGUGGUGCAUUUAGGGACAUUCUGACAUGUUAGAACUGAUUAUCAUCACGCCUCUGGAACACAAAGAAACAUUAUCUGCAGGAGUAUCAAAGACUGAUUUAGAGAUCCUAGAGAACUAGGAUACAAAGAUAAUAUAUCAAGUAAAAUAAUCCACACACUGUUAACUGGCUCCCGUUAUUAUAAAUGCCACAUUUUGGUCAGACAGAUGUCGUCAGUCAUCAACUACUUUACUUCAGUAGCAGAAACAGUCUGACAUUAGCCUACUUUAAAGUGUUUAUGUGACAUAUUCAGAGGAGUUUCUUCAGCAUCCAACUAAACAGCAAAAAAUAUUCUAUACUAAUGUCACAUACAGCUCAGUGAUACCUGCACGUAAUUUAAGUCUCGGAUGAUAGUUUUCAGUGUUUCUACAUUUUCCAUUUUAAGAUUACAGAGUGUCAUUUACAUCCCGGAUCACUGACAUUUUACUGUCUUGUAGUCGCAGACACUUCUGCUACCAUUUCAUGAUAUGAAGCGGCCCACAUAAGAAGUUUUCACCCAGCGUGUAAAGGCCAUAUAAGAUAAUGUUAAUCUUAUCUAACAUGAAAUGUAUGUACUAUGAGCUCAACAUCAGUUUUUCUGUGAUAUGUAGAUGCAUCACUCAGUUAUUCAGGCAGAUGGAAGGCAUACAGUGGAACGCUGCACAACUUGUUGUAAGCUGUUCCACUGCCCCCUUUGCCCUAAAUAUAAGCCCAGCCAACCUGCCAAGCUCCAGCGGCACCUUGAUGUACACAUCAAAAACGCCAUCACAUUCAAAGGUAUGCAUCUUUAUGUGUCUGUGUGUGUGUGUUCUUGUGUCUUGUUAGUCAUUGGCUAAUUUAAACUUUUUUUCGUGACUUGCUCUUAGACAAAAAAAUCUGCGAAUGCAAUUUGAACUGCCAGAGUGGAGGACAUUUUCAUUGCCCUAUGUGUGAAAGAAGCAUUAUUAGAAGGACAGACAUGGAGGGAUACCUGAAGGCUUGCCAAGGUGCCACAACAUCCUCAGCUGCUGCUCAAUGCAAGCCAGACCCUAGUCCAUCAGACACAUCUGCUACACCCUCUCCCCUGCUUCCACCAUCCACCAUCCACACGUCUCCUCCUCUGCAGGAUUGACUGUUCCUCCUCCUCAACAAGAUACAAACGCGCUUGCUGUUCCCUCGGCACAGUUAACUAAACCUUCUGCCAUCCCCUUCUCAGCAGAUACACAUGUCUAUUUUAAACCUGAUUCAGCAACAACUGUAGCCUCCUCACCACUGGUGUCAAGUUCAGCUGACAUGUCUUCGGUCCCUACUGCCCAGGAGACUAAAACUCCAACAAUAACCCUUGACAUACUGCAAAUGUCAAAUUGAUGAUUGAUGGCCUUGUAGGGCACGACUGUUGUUGCUGUGCUGAAUAAAGGGCAACUGAUUGUUUGAUCAUUUUGUCAUUUUAUGUGUGGUUUUUAAAUCAA